AUGGUUAGGGAUGGGGUGACUGAGGUAUUUAAAAACGCCCUGCCUUACCUUCAGAUGGUGACGUCCUGUUUUAAAACAGGCCUUAGCCAACAUGUCUGUACAGGUUCACUGUGUCAGGAUCUCUUCAUAGUCAAUAGUAGCUGUGAAACAACAUACCAGUGAGUCAGAAAACCAACCGCUGACAUUUCUAGUGUGUGUCAUCCCGAGUAUUACAAGGGCAGAUACAUGGUAAUGUAUAUAAUACAUACAGUGCAUUCGGAAAGUAUUCAGACCUCUUGACUUUUUCCACAUUUUGUUACGUUACAGCCUUAUUCUAAAAUGGAUUACAUUAAAAAUGUUUCCUCAUCAAUCUAUACACAAUACCCCAUAAUGACAAAGCGAAAAAACAGGUUUUUAGAAAUGUUUGCAAAUGUAUUACAAAUUAAAAACUGAAAUACCUUAUUUACAUAAGUAUUCAGACCCUUUGCUAUGAGACUCGAAAUAUAGCUCAGGUGCAUCCUGUUUCCAUUGAUCACCCUUGAGAGGUUUCUACAACUUGAUUGGAGUCCACCUGUGGUACAUUUAAUUGAUUGCACAUGAUUUGGAAAGGCACACACCUGUCUAUAUAAGGUCCCACAGUUGACAGUGCAUGUCAGAGCAAAGACCAAGCCAUGAGGUCGAAGGCAUUGUCCGUAGAGCUCCGAGACAGGAUUGUGUCGAGGCACAGAUCUGGGGAAGGGUACCAAAAAAUGUCUUCAGCAUUGAAGGUCCCCAAGAACAAAGUGGCCUCCAUCAUUCUUAAAUGGAAGAAGUUUGGAACCACCAGGACCCUUCCUGGAGCUGGCUGCCCAGCCAAACUAAGCAAUCGGGGGAGAAGGGCCUUGGUCAGGGAGGGCAGAGCUCUAGAGUUCCUCUGUGGAGAUUGGAGAACCUUCCAGAAGGACAACCAUCUCUGCAGCACUCCACCAAUCAGGCCUUUAUGGUAGAGUGGCCAGACCGAAGCCACUCCUAAGUAAAAGGCAUUUAACAGCCCGCUUGGAGUUUGCCAAAAGGCACCUAAAGGACUCUCAGACCAUGAGAAACAAGAUUCUCUGGUCUGAUGAAACCAAGAUUGAACUCUUUGGCCUGAAUGCCAAGCGUCACGUCUGUAGGAAACCUGGCACCAUCCCUAUGGUGAAGCACGGUGGUGGCAGCAUCAUGCUGUGGGGAUGUUUUUCAGUGGCAGGGACUGGGAGACUAGUCAGGAUCAAGGGAAAGAUGAAUAGAGCAAAGUACAGAGAGACCCUUGAUGAAAACCUGCUCCAGAGCGCUCAGGACCUCAGACUGGGGCGAAGGUUGACCUUCCAACAGGACAACGACCCUAAGCACAGAGCCAAGACAACGCAGGAGUGGCUUCAGGACAAGUCUCUGAAUGUCCUUGAGUGGCCCAGCUGGAGCCUGGACUUGAACCCGAUCGAACAUCUCUGGAGAGACCUGAAAAUAGCUGUGCAGCGACGCUCCUCAUCCAACCUGACAGAGCUUGAGAGGAUCUGCAGAGAAGAAUGGGAGAAACUCCCCAAAUACAGGUGUGCCAAGCUUUUAGCGUCAUACCCAAGAAGACUUGAGGCUGUAAUCGCUGCCAAAAGUGCUUCAACAAAGUACUGAGUAAAUGGUCUAAAUACUUAUGUUAAUGUGAUAUUUCAGUUUUUUUUAAUACAUUUGCAAACAUUUCUAGAAACCUGUUUUUGCUUUGUCAUUAUGGGGUAUUGUGUGUAGAUUGAUGAGGAUUUUAGAAUAAGGAUGUAACUUAACACAAUGUGUCAAGGGGUCUGAAAAGUUCCCCAAUGCACUGUAGGGCACCAGGUGAAAAGUAGUAUCAGUCAGAAUAAGCCUCUGAUUUACACAGUUGAAGUGUUCAGAGUAGAACACAGUUGAAGUGGUCAGAGGGCCAGUAGAACACUGUUGACGGGGUCAGAGGGCCAGUAGAACACUGUUGACGGGGUCAGAGGGCCAGUAGAACACUGUUGACGGGGUCAGAGGGCCAGUAGAACACUGUUGACGGGGUCAGAGGGCCAGUAGAACACUGUUGACGGGGUCAGAGGGCCAGUAGAACACUGUUGACGGGGUCAGAGGGCCAGUAGAACACUGUUGACGGGGUCAGAGGGCCAGCAGAACACUGUUGACGGGGUCAGAGGGCCAGCAGAACACUGUUGACGGGGUCAGAGGGCCAGUAGAACACUGUUGACGGGGUCAGAGGGCCAGUAGAACACUGUUGACGGGGUCAGAGGGCCAGUAGAACACUGUUGACGGGGUCAGAGGGCCAGUAGAACCCUGUUGACGGGGUCAGAGGGCCAGUAGAACCCUGUUGACGGGGUCAGAGGGCCAGUAGAACCCUGUUGACGGGGUCAGAGGGCCAGUAGAACCCUGUUGACGGGGUCAGAGGGCCAGUAGAACCCUGUUGACGGGGUCAGAGGGCCAGUAGAACCCUGUUGACGGGGUCAGAGGGCCAGUAGAACCCUGUUGACGGGGUCAGAGGGCCAGUAGAACACUGUUGACGGGGUCAGAGGGCCAGUAGAACACUGUUGACGGGGUCAGAGGGCCAGUAGAACACUGUGCAGGGUCUAAUACUAAUUCUAGUUUUAGUCAGUUCAGUCCUGACUCUAAUUUUCAACUAUCUGUUUUAAAGUGUUUUUUCUUGUAACCCAUGACUCCCUGGAAAACAGUGGAAAUUGUGGAAUAUCCUGGUUAAACAAAUGAAUUUAAUAAAUGCCUCGUGGCUUGGACUAAGAUUUCUGUCUUUCUCCACAGUUUUGGAAUACAGUUUCUCUACAGUAUUGGACUAACAUUUCUCUCUCUCUCUCUCUCUCUCUCUCUCUGUUUCUCUCUACAGUAUUGGACUAACAUUUCUCUCUCUCUCUCUCUCUCCCCGUUUCUCUCUACAGUAUUGGACUAAUGUAUCUCUCUGUCUUUGUCUCUCUGCCAGUUUGAGAUCCUGCUGUGUGUGCAGGACCAUGACGACCCAGCCAUUGAUGUUUGUAAAAAGCUUCUUGGAAAAUAUCCCAACGUUGAUGCUCGUUUAUUUAUAGGUAAGAGCCUGGUUGAUGUGUUCUUUGAACAACUGUCAAUUUCAUAUUCAUGUCUCAUGUCCUGCUAUUCUAAGAUCUGUCUAAUAAAUAUGUUAAAAUGUGUAGUUGUAAGUAGGGAAACAUGUCAAUGCUCAGUACUGUGUCCUGUCAGUACACAAGGGGACUGACUAAACAAGAAUCCAUAGUUGGGCUAUUCCAUGUGAGCGUGGACGGAAAAUAUUUUUGGUAUCUAAGAUUGUUCUGGCAAUUCUCACAUAGAAACUUAAUCGGGAGGAAGGAUGUUUGACAUGCUUUUUACAUUUGUAUCACAUACAAGUGAACAUUUUAGUCCCUUUUUAGACCUGUACAGUACCUUGCAAAAGUAUUCAUCCCCCUCGGCGUUUUUCCUAUUUUGUUGCAUUACAACCUGUAAUUUUAAAUAGAUUUUUAUUUGGAUUUCAAGUAAUGGACAUACACAAAAUAGUCCAAAUUGGUGAAGUGAAAUGAAAAAAAAUUACUUGUUUCAAAAAAUUCUAAAAAAUAACGGAAAAGUGGUGCGUGCAUAUGUAUUCACCCCUUUUGCUAUGAAGCCCCUAAAUAAGAUCUGAUGCAACCAAUUACCUUCAGAAGUCACAUUAGUUAGAUUGCACACAGGUGGACUUUAUUUAAGUGUCACAUGAUCUGUCACAUGAUCUCAGUGUAUAUAUACACCUGUUCUGAAAGGCCCCAGCAACACCACUAAUCAAGGGGCACCACCAAGGAAGCGGCACCAUGAAGACCAAGGAGAUCUCCAAACAGGUCAGGGACAAAAUUGUGGAGAAGUACAGAUCAGGGUUGGGUUAUAAAAAAAUAUCUGAAACUUUGAACAUCCCACGGAGCACCAUUAAAUCCAUUAUAAAAAAACGGAAAGAAUAUGGCACUAUAACAAACCUGCCAAGAGAGGGCCUCCCACCAAAACUCAAGGACCAGGCAAGGAGUUCAUUAAUCAGAGGCAACAAAGAGACCAAAGAUAACCCUGAAGGAGCUGCAAAGCUCCACAGCGGAGAUUGGAGUAUCUGUCCAUAGGACCACUUUAAGCUGUACACUCCACAGAGCUGGGCUUUACGGAAGAGUGGCCAGAAAAAAGCCAUUGCUUAAAGAUAAAAAUAAGCAAACACGUUUGGUGUUCGCCAAAAGGCAUGUGGGAGACUCCCCAAACAUAUGGAAGAAGGUACUCUGGUCAGAUGAGACUAAAAUUGAGCUUUUUGGCCAUCAAGGAAAACGCUAUGUCUGGCGCAAACCCUACACCUCUCAUCACCCCGAGAACACCAUCCCCACAGUGGAGCAUGAUGGUGGCAGCAUCAUGCUGUGGGGAUGUUUUCCAUCGGCAGGGACUGGGAAACUGGUCAGAAUUGAAGGAAUGAUGGAUGGCACUAAAUACAGGGAAAUUCUUGAGGGAAACCUGUUUUGAGACUGGGACGGAGGUUCACCUUCCAGCAGUACAAUGACCCUAAGCAUACUGCUAAAGUAACACUCGAGUGGUUUAAGGGGAAACAUUUAAAUGUCUUGGAAUGGCCUAGUCAAAGCCCAGACCUCAAUCCAAUUGAGAAUCUGUGGUAUGACUUAAAAAUUGCUGUACACCAGCGGAACCCAUCCAACUUGAAGGAGCUGGAGCAGUUUUGCCUUGAAGAAUGGGCAAAAAUCCCAGUGGCUAGAUGUGCCAAGCUUAUAGAGACAUACCCCAAGAGACUUGCAGCUGUAAUUGCUGCAAAAAGUGUCUCUACAAAGUAUUGACUUUGGGGGGUGAAUAGUUAUGCACGCUCAAGUUUUCAGUUUUUUUGUGUUAUUUCUUGUUUGUUUUACAAUAAAAAAAUAUUUUGCGUCUUCAAAGUGGUAGGGAUGUUGUGUAAAUCAAAUGAUACAAACCCCCCAAAAAAUCUGUUUUAAUUCCAGGUUGUAAGGCAACAAAAUAGGAAACAUGCCAAGGGGGGGGGGGGGGGGGGGUGUUAUGAGUGUCUCGGGUAUCAAGUAAUUCAUGAUGCAAGAAUAUACUUAACACUUAGAUGGAGAGUUCAUACAAAUAUGUAAUAUUCGGUACCGGGUUCGUUAACAAAAGGAGCAUGCUCUGCCUCUUGCCAUCCGAACUCACAGACAAAGAAAACUUCUCAGUUUAUAUAUGUCAUGUUACACGUUUCUUCAACAACAUCUGUUAACCCUCAGUGGGCACUCCCUUCUUUGAUGGUAUUACCAUUUACCCAAGUCAGUAAAUCAUAUAUAUAUAUAUAUAUAUAUAUAUAUCAAUCAUUCUAAGAUAAACCACCAGUAAGCUCCCUCGACAUACUGGGAUCCAGACUUUGUGGCGCCCAGAAUUACUGAUCUACUAAAUGUCCUUGUUCCCACCACUAUGAAAUGACAUCAUAACAGGGGGUGAAUACUUUCACAAGCUGUAAUACCCUAUGAUCCGUGAACCGGUACAUGAUACAGACCGCAUACUUUUAGUCAUGUAGUGUAUGUGGACACCUGUUCAUCGAACAUCUCAUUCCAAAACCAUGGGCAUUAAUAUGGAGUUGAUCGCCCCUUUGCUGCUAUAACAGCCUCCACUCUUCUGGGAAGGCUUUCCGCUAGAUGUUGGAACAUUGCUUCGGGGACUUGCUUCCAUUCAGCCAAGAGCAUUAGUGAGGUCGGGCACUGAUGUUGGGCGAUUAGGCCUGGCUCGCAGUCGGGGUUCCAAUUCAUCCCAAAGGUGUUCGAUGGGGUUGAGGUCAGGGCUCUGUGCAGGCCAGUCAAGUUCUUCCACACCGAUCUCGACAAACAAUUUCAUUAUGGACCUCGCUUUGUGCACGGGGGCAUUGUCAUGCUGAAACAGGAAAGGGCCUUCCCCAAAGUUGGAAGCACAGAAUCGUCUAGAAUGUCAUUGUAUGCUGUGGUGUUAAGAUUUCCCUUCUCUGGAACUAAGUAUAUAUUAUUUCAUGGGACAAUAUACUAACGUUAUUGAUAAUUUUUAUUUAUACAAUUGUACAAUGUAUGUAUUAGUUCUCGACACAUUGGUGCGGCUGUCUUCCAGGUUAAGCGAGCAGGUGUUAAGAAGCGCGGCUUGGCGGGUCAUGUUUCGGAGGACGCAUGACUCGACCUUCGCCUCUCCCGAUCCCGUUGGGUAGUUGUAGCGAUGAGACAAGAUCGAAAUCGGGGAGAAAAAGGUGGUAAAAAAUAAAUUAAUGUAAUGAAUUGAAGGUUAUUUGUUGAUGUGAAAAUCUAAAUGUACCGUUUUUUGAUUUGUAGUAUUAUUAUUAUUAUUAUUAUUAUUGUUAUUUAUAUUUAUAAGGUUGUGUCAUUAGAUUUGGGGUGGGGUCCCAGAAAUUCUGGCAGGAAAAAAUGGGGUCCCCGCUGAAAAACGUUUGAAUACCACCACUGGGUUAACAGGAAGCGGAACCAUCUGAAUACCACUGGGUUAACAGGAAGUGAAACCAUCUGUAAGUGAGGGUUUAAGAGAAUGUCUUGGUUUCAUAACUGGUUCAUGACCCAGUCUGGUGAUCGUGACCUCCAGCGGUUACUGGUUAAGGCACCUCCAGCGGUUACUGGUUAGGGUACCUCCAGCGGUUACUGGUUAGGGUACCUCCAGCGGUUACUGGUUAGGGCACCUCCAGCGGUUACUGGUUAGGGCACCUCCAGCGGUUACUGGUUUGGUUAGGGCACCUCCAGCGGUUACUGGUUAGGGCACCUCCAGCGGUUACUGGUUAAGGCACCUCCAGCGGUUACUGGUUAGGGCACCUCCAGCGGUUACUGGUUAGGGCACCUCCAGCGGUUACUGGUUAGGGCACCUCCAGCGGUUACUGGUUAAGGCACCUCCAGCGGUUACUGGUUAGGGCACCUCCAGCGGUUACUGGGUAGGGCACCUCCAGCGGUUACUGGUUAAGGCACCUCCAGCGGUUACUGGUUAAGGCACCUCCAGCGGUUACUGGUUAAAGCACCUCAGGCCACUGAAGAAAACGGAUGUCCUUCUUUUACAGGAGGAAAGAAGGUUGGCAUCAACCCCAAGAUUAAUAACCUGAUGCCAGGAUAUGAGGGGGCAAAGUAUGACCUGGUGUGGAUCUGCGACAGCGGAAUACGAGGUAGGAAAUUAACUUUGUGUGUGUGUCUCAAACGGCACCCUAUUCCCUACAUAGUGCACUACUUUAGACCAGAGAAUGGCACCCUAUUCCCUACAUAGUGCACUACUUUUGAACAGGACCCAAUGGAACCUUAUUUCCUACAUAGAGCACUACCCUGGUCAAAAGUAGUGCACUACAUAGGGUGCCAUUUGGAACAUUUCCUUACUCUGAUUUAAUCAUAACAGAAUGAAUCACCGCCAGUAUUCCAAGUCAGUGAGCAGCCCUGUUUUCCUUUUUAUCGCUGACUCACACCAAACUACUUCCCAUUUGAUAAUGGUGAUUCUGUGUGAUUCUUGUUUUGAACCUUGAACAAAUAAACUGAGCCUAGAUAGUUUGAUUGCUUUACAUACAAACACAACAUUAUUUUAUUCACCUAUAUUCAAAUACUGUGGGUGGUAAAGUGGGAGAUUUGUACAGGGUAAAAGGGAUCUUGAAGAAGGAAGGCUAUCACUCCAUUUUGCAACGCCAUGCCAUACCCUGUGGACGGCGCUUGAUUGGAGCCAAUUUCCUCCUACAACAGGACAAUGACCCAAAGCACAGCUCCAAACUAUGCAAUAACUAUUUAGGGAAGAAGCAGUCAGCUGGUAUUCUGUCUAUAAUGGAGUGGCAAGCACAGUCACCGGAUCUGUCGUAGCCGGCCGCGACCGGGAGACCCAUGGGGCGGCGCACAAUUGGCCCAGCGUCGUCCAGGGUAGGGGAGGGAAUGGCCGGCAGGGGAUGUAGCUCAGUUGGUAGAGCAUGGCGUUUGCAACGCCAGGGUUGUGGGUUCGAUAAAAUAAUGUAUGUGCUAACUGUAAGUCGCUCUGGAUAAGAGCGUCUGCUAAAUGACUAAAAUGUAAAUGUAAAUGUAAAUGAAAUACUAUGAAAAUGAUAAGUAAGAUCCCAUUGCCUGAUCUGUAAAAUCCCUUUUUAGGGACAACUGCUGAUUUAUAUAACAAAUAAAUAAUAAUCAUUUUGGUAGAUUGAUCGAUCCUCUUCCUCCCCAGUGAAACCGGACACUCUGACAGAUAUGGCUAACCAGAUGACAGAGAAGGUGGGGUUGGUCCAUGGCCUUCCCUACGUGGCUGACAGACAGGGCUUCGCUGCUACACUGGAGCAGGUGAGCAUCCAUAGAGGCUCUCAAUUCAUCUUUCCUCCAUCCCUUGCAUCCUCUGUCCUUACCUCUAACUCAAAAGUCGGGACUUAGAAAAUUGAGAAAGCGGUAGAGGCGGUAGAGGCGGUAGAGGCGGUAGAGGCGGUAGAGGCGGUAGAGGCGGUAGAGGCGGUAGAGGCGGUAGAGGCGGUAGCAUUCUUACAGAGACAGACCACUAUUGGAGUCUGAUGCUGCACUAGGUCAAUGUGACUUGACUUAAUCCUUGGAGUUCUGAAGCCUUGUUCACACUGCAGGCCUUAAUGCUCAAAUCUGUUUUGGAAUACUGACUGUCCAAACAGCAAGUUACAAGUGACCAAAUCGGAUUUGUGUGUGUUCAGACAGCAGUAAUUUGCAUUCACACCUCUUGACUUUUUCCACAUUUUGUUGUGUUACAAAGUGGGAUUAAAAUGGAUUUAACAUUUAUUAUAAAAUGAAUGGAAAAUAAAACACUAUCUUGAUUAGAUACAUUUUCAACGCCCUGAGUCAAUACGUGUUAGAAUCACCUUUGGCAGUGAUUCCAGCUGUGAGUCUUUCUGGGUAAGUCUCCUAAGAGCUUUGCACACCUGGAUUGUACAAUAUUUGCACAUUAUUCUUUUUUAAAUUCUUCAAGCUCUGUCAAGUUGGUUGUUAAUCAUUGCUAGACAGCCAUUUUCAAGUCUUGCCAUAGAUUUUCAAGCCGAUUAUUAAGUAAAAACUGUAACUAGGCCACUCAGGAACAUUCAAUGUCGUCUUGGUAAGCAACUUAGGUUAUUGUCCUGCUAAAAGGUGAAUUUGUCUCCCAGUGUCUGUUGGAAAUUAGACUGAACCAGGUUUUCCUCUAGGAUUCUGCCUGUGCUUAGCUCCAUUCUGUUUAUUUUUUAUCCUGAAAAACUCCCUAGUCCUUGCCAAUGACAAGCAUACCCAUAACAUGAUGCAGCCACCACCAUGCUUGAAAAUAUGGAGAGUGGUACUCAGUGAUGUGUUGUGUUGGAUUUGUCCCAAACAUAAGGCUUUGUAUUCAGGACAUAAAGUUAAUUUCUUUGCCACAUUUUUUGCAGUUUUACUUUAGUGCCUUGUUGCAAACAGGAUGUAUGUUUUGGAAUAUUUUGUAUUCUGUACAUUCCUUCUUUUCACUCUGUAAUUUAGGUUAGUAUUGUGGAGUAACUACAAUGUUGUUGAUCCAUCCUCAGUUUUCUCCUAUCACAGCCAUUAAACUCUCUAACUGUUUUAAAGUCACCAUUGGCCUCAUGGUGACAUCCCUGAGUGGUUUCCUUCCUCUCCAGCAUGUAAAUCUUGGUGGGGCAACCGUAGGAUAAAUAAAAGGGGCAUAUUAGCAGACAAUGAAAGCUUUUACAAUAUUCGAUGAUUACAUUUCUCUAAAACAGGUUAUAGGCUGCAUGUGCACCACCAAGUCAGAACAGUAGGCUAAGUUAUGAGGGGGAACGGGACCAAAUUAUUAGGGUGAGGCACAUGGGCUACUAACAGCUUACUACCCAACAUACACUUAUGUAUACUGUAGCUAAGAAAGUAAAACUAUCUCCCUGGCAUAUUACGUUACUUAUUCAGCAGCAUACAAGACGCUUUUGGACUCACCUUGUUGUGCUGUGCUCACUUGAACAGGAAGGUGGCAUGGCGGUCCUUCAUGGGCAAAUGUUGUUAUCAAAGUCUGGAUUUAUGGUGCUUUCAAGACAACUGGGAACUCUGGGGGGGGGAAACAAGGUUGAAUCACGACGUCAGUGAUCUUCAGGUCGGAGCUCUAGAAAGAGGCCGGAGUUCCCGACUUGGAAUUCCGAGUUGGAUGACCGUUCAAAACUUAUUUUCCCAGUUGGAGCUCGUUUUCCCCCGAGUUCCCAGUUGUCUUGAACUCACUGAAUUAAGAUUUUCCAGUUCUGAGUUAACAGUUGUUUUGAGCGCGGCAGAAAUCAUGCUGGAUUGACAGCGUGGCUGAUGUUGAAUGUUUAUCAUUUUAAGCUUGGAAAAGAGAACCUUAAACCGAGAAUUGGGACCACACACCCACUCCACUGAAUAGCAGGCUAGUGAUUGCUUUGCAAUGCUUGCAGUUAGCCACUGAUCCCUUCCAAACCACUCAUUGUUGAAUUUGCGAUUUCCAAUUUGUUUAAUGUUUAUGUCCAAUGGCCGAUGAGCACUAAUACGUUUUAUCUAUAAUUUAUCUUCAUAUGACAAGGAUUAAAAAGGAUUUGCCAGUAGAUUGUCGACUUCAUUCAUGAUGAUGACUGCUAGCAAAGAUUUGGAAAGUAUGAUGUUGACAUGAUCAGUCCAAUCAAAGCUACUGUAGAUAUAACGUGAUUUGACGUCAUUUUAUCUGUGGCCAAUGACCUUGAGCCUUUUUGGAUGGGCACUUCUAAUGUAACUUUAUGGCAGCACCCAAGGGGCUUGAAUUCUCGAGCUCUACCCUUAGAUUUGGCAGACGUAGUGUCCCCAUGAGUGACAGAACACUGAGCCAAUCACAGCGCAACUACAGAACAUUACCAACCCCUACGCUCCGUAUUUUCCGCUGGCUGUCCCACCACCACAGAAAGCACUGAGCUAGGCUGAAACACCUGCAUUUUGGAGCUGCCUUACUCAAGAAAGAAAAAAAAGAGACCAUGUUUUUUACAUUGUUUGCAAACUGAUAUGUGACACGUAUUAAUGCCAAAAUAACAUGUAAAACAGGAAACCCCAUCUACCCUUCUUUGCUAACCAUUGGAAAACCUCCCUGGUCUCUGUUUGAAAUUCACUGCUCGGCUGAGGGACCUUACAGAUAAUUGUAUGUGUGGGGUACAGAGAUGAGGUAGUCAUUAAAAAAUAAUCUUAAACACUAUUAUUGCACACAGAGUGAGUCCAUGCAACUUAUUAUGUGACUUGUUAAGCACAUUUUUACUCCUGAACUUAUUUAGGCUUGCCAUAACAAAAGGUAGAAUACUAAUUGCCUUAAGACAUUUCAGCUUUUAAUUUAGGAAAAAUCAAAACCUUAUUUACAUAAGUAUUCAGACCCUUUGCUAUGAGACUCAACAUUUUGCUCAGAUGCAUCCUGUUUCCAUUGAUCAUCCUUGAGAUGUUUCUACAACUUGAUUAGAGUCCACCUGUGGUAAAUUCAAUUGAUUGGACAUGAUUUGGAAAGGCACACCUGUCUAUAUAAGGUCCCACAGUUGACAGUGCAUGUCAGAACAAAAACCAAGCCAUGAGGUCGAAGGAAUUGUCCGUAGAGCUCCGAGACAGGAUUUUGUCGAGGCACAGAUCUGGGGAAGGGUACCAAAGAAUGUCUGCAGCAUUGAAGGUCCCCAGGAACACAGUGGCCUCCAUCAUUCUUAAAUAGAAUAAGUUUGGAACCACCAAGACUCUUCCUAGAGCUGGCCGCCCGGCCAAACUGAGCAAUCGGGGGAGAAGGGCCUUGAUCAGGGAGGUGACCAAGAACCCGAUGAAAAAAUAAUGCGGCAUAUCUAAUCACUCUGACGUCAAUGAAAAUGUGCUCAAAAAUCUAAUCAAACACUUAAUGAGAGCCCAUGAGCUCAUGUUGCGUAACACUUUUAUAGGCUAUGCAACUGCGUGAGAAAACAGAGUUUGAUGGCCUCUACUAAAAAGAGGAGGAUCCCAUCAGCUUUCUAUAGGCUAGACAUACUAUUUAUUUCUCAACUUUCCUAAUAUUAAGCACAUUGUUUCUCUUUACAAGUAUAGCCUAUCUGGCUGGCAUGAAAAUGAACCACGUGAAAAGUGUGGUAUUCUUUUCCCCCUGCCCAUAUUCCAAGACAGGUGCAUGAUAAUGGUCCAUUCUAAAUCAAAACAAAUUUCACAUAUAUAUAUAUAUAUUAUUUAGUAUAUGUAAAGACAAGAUCAAAUCAAGAAUAGUCUGAUGGGUGACAAUAUUAGCCUAUCACUUGUUAAUUAUUGCAUUUUGGAACAUUCACGCUUAUAGCCUACUGCCGUAUGCACAUUGUUGCGCUUAUAAUGUGAAGAAAUAGCCUAAUAGUUUAUCAACAUUUUUAAGCUAAACGUUCUUAUCUGUUGUGUCAGCCUCAUUGCUUAAAACAGGGUUUUUUUACGUUAGGCCUACUGAUCUUGUUGGCUGACGAAAAGUAAAUGGGGACAGCUCUUCCAAUAUCUUCAAUGUGCGCCUCGGAAUUGGAUAAGGACACGCACAGUUGCGUCCCCGACGUGUCCGUCUUCACUUGUAGCCUGUGACAAAGACCCGAUCAGGUGACGGAGAGCAGUGUGAAUGAGAGGUGUUUCGGCGUGCAGCCGGGAGAAAGGAAUUAUGAUUAUUAUAUUCAGCCCAAGGGCACAACGGCCACUGGCUGCAAAAGGCAUGGAUUUUAUUUAGGGGGCAUUACGGCCACACAAAAGGGACGCAGUCAGGAAAUUUGAGGCAUUAUCAAGUGCUUAUCAAACUGUAAAUGAGAGACUGAUGACGUAUGUACAGCCUGCACAAAAAACCCAGCAGAGCUCAUGCCUUUCAUGCGACUUUUUCAAAUCAUCAUUAGUCGCAUCAUGCAGUCUUAGAAUGUAUUAAAAUUUAAAACAUAUAGCACAACAUUUGUAUCACAACUAAAGUUACAUAAAUAACUCUAAAUUAAGCAUAUAGGAAUACCUAUUUAGAUGUAGAUUGUUCCAAAAGUCUGCAUCAGUGGCUUGUAAGCUAUGCAUGGUCAAUUACCGUGCGACCGGCAGUUAUUUCAAAUAAAAUUUUAUUGGGCACAUACACAUAUUUAGCAGAUGUUAUUGCGGGUGUAGUGAAAUGCUUGUGUUCCUAGCUCCAACAGUGCAGUAGUAUCUAACAAUUCACAACAAUACUCACAAAUCUAAAAGUAAACGAAUAGAAUUAAGAAAUAUAUAAAUAUUAGGAUGAGCCAUGUCGGAGUGGCAUUGACUAAAAUACAGUAGAAUAGAAAACUGUAUAUACAAAAGUAUUUGAUCCCCUGCUGAUUUUGUACGUUUGCCCACUGACAAAGACGUGAUCAGUCUAUAAUUUUAACGGUAGGUUUAUUUGAACAGUGAGAGACAGAAUAACAACAAAGAAAUCCAGAAAAACGCAUGUCAAAAAUGUUAUAAAUUGAUUUGCAUUUUAAUGAGGGAAAGUAUUUGACCCCUCUGCAAAACAUGACUUAGUACUUCGUGGCAAAACCCUUUUUGGCAAUCACUUUUACAUAUUUACAUUUACGUCAUUUAGCAGACGCUCUUAUCCAGAGCGACUUACAAAUUGGUGCAUUCACCUUAUAGCCAGUGGGAUAACCACUUUACAAUAUGUAUUUUUUUUGAAAAAUUGGGUGGGGUAAGGGGGGGUAGAAGGAUUACUUAAUCCUAUCCCAGUUAUUCCUUAGAGGUGGGGUUUCAAGUGUCUCCGGAAGGUGGUGAGUUACUCCGCUGUCCUGGCGUUGUGAGGGAGCUUGUUCCACCAUUGGGGUGGAAUCACAGAGGUCAGGACGUUUGGCAACUCGAACCUUCAGCUCCCUCCACAGAUUUUCUAUGGGAUUAAGGUCUGGAGACUGGCUAGGCCACUCCAGGACCUUAAUGUGCUUCUUCUUGAGCCACUCCUUUGUUGCCUUGGCCGUGUGUUUUGGGUGAUUGUCAUGCUGGAAACCCAUCCACAACCAAUUUUCAAUGCCCUGGCUAAGGGAAGGAGGUUCUCACCCAAGAUUUGACGGUACAUGGCCCCGUCCAUCGUCCCUUUCAUGCGGUGAAGUUGUCCUGUCCCCUUAGCAUAAAAACACCCCAAAGCAUAAUGUUUCCACCUCCAUGAUUGACGGUGGGGAUGGUGUUCUUGGGGUCAUAGGCAGCAUUCCUCCUCCUCCAAACACGGCGAGUUGAGUUGAUGCCAAAGAGCUCGAUUUUGGUCUCAUCUGACCACAACACUUUCAACCAGUUCUCCACUGACUCAUUCAGAUGUUCACUGGCAAACUUCAGACGGCACUGUAUAUGUGCUUUCUUGAGCAGGGGGACCUUGCGGGCGCUGCAGGAUUUCAGUCCUUCACGGCGUAGUGUGUUACCAAUUGUUUUCUUGGUGACUAUGGUCCCAGCUGCCUUGAGAUCAUUGACAAUAUCCUCACCAUUCUCAUGAUCAUUGCAACUCCACGAGGUGAGAUCUUGCAUGGAGCCCCAGGCCGAGGGAGAUUGACAGUUCUUUUGUGUUUUUUCCAUUUGCGAAUAAUCGCACCAACUGUUGUCACCUUCUCACCAAGCUGCUUGGCGAUGGUCUUGUAGCCCAUUCCAGCUUUGUGUAGGUCUACAAUCUUGUCCCUGACAUCCUUGGAGAGCUCUUUGGUCUUGGCCAUGGUGGAGAGUUUGGAAUCUGAUUGAUUGAUUGCUUCUGUGGACAGGUGUCUUUUAUACAGGUAACAAGCUGAGAUUAGGAGCACUCCCUUUAAGAGUGUGCUCCUAAUCUCAGCUCGUUACCUGUAUAAAAGACACCUGGGAGCCAGAAAUCUUUCUGAUUGAGAGGGGGUCAAAUACUUAUUUCCCUCAUUAAAAUGAAAAUCAAUUUAUAACAUUUUUGACAUGCGUUUUUCUGGAUUUUUGUUGUUGUUAUUCUGUCUCUCACUGUUCAAAUAAACCUACCAUUAAAAUUAUAGACUGAUCAUGUCUUUGUCAGUGGGCAAACUUACAAAAUCAGCAGGGGAUCAAAUACUUUUUACUCUCACUGUAUGCUGUUUUAGAUAGGGAGAGGAGUAUUAAUAACCCCUUAAAUGUAAUGGCAAAAUCUAGAUUUCCGCCUAAAUAGACAUACCCAAAAGUAACUGCUAUUCAUGUGGAAUUACAUGAUUCUGACUUGCAAAAACUUGGUAUAUUUGGAAAAAAGACAUCUGGGAGAUGAAGAGGAAAUGAUCAGAAGAUCGAUGGGAGUUACAUAGAUCAGAAUACACAAGAUCAAGCACACACAAAAUCACUUUUUUUUUUGCUUUUUUUUAAAAAGUCAUCUUUCAUUGACAAGCUAUACGUGAAUUAUUGAUGACUAGAGCUGGAAACAGAUAAUAUGGCUUCCACAACAUGUGAACAAUGCUAAAUGACUAAAGAUAUACAAAAUAAAAAAUUAAUAUCUGAAAAAAAUAUGGGAUUGAAAGACCUAACUAGAAGUGGGCAGAUGUUUUAGUAAAAGUGGCGUCAGGUGUGGUCAUGGGACGUUUCCAAAUGUCUCUAAACCUCUCCAAAGUGGCAUGUGUCUAUAAAUUAGGUAAUUCCAGUGCUAUUACAUAUUUGCAAUCCCUAAAUGCUGUUUGUUCAGUAUAAAAACAAGAUUUAUACCAUAUCAACCUCACUCAAACAUUGUGGUGGUGUUAUGGGGUAUCCAGGGUACAUUCAAGUGUCCUUUCAACCUCUCCAAAGUGUCCAAAGGUGGUAAUUGCACUGUUUUUGCCCACUGGAUGGAUGUGCCUAAAAGUUAUUGUUCACUAUAAAAACUACAUUUCUACAACACCAACCUCUCUCAAACAUUGUGGUGGUGUCGGGGGACGUACAGGGGAUGUCCAAGUGUUUUUUCAUCCUCUCCCAAGUGCCUGAACGUUUAGCCUAGGCGUAUCCAAUGUAUUGGUCCCACAUACAAAUGAACUGUUUACAAAAACAAUAUAAAUGUACCAGUCAAAAGUUUGGACACACCUACUCAUUCAAGGGUUUUUCUUUAUUUUUACUAUUUUCUACAUUGUAGAAUAAUAUUGAAGACAUCAAAACUAUGAAAUAACACAUAUGGAAUCACGUAGUAACCAAAAAAGUGUUAAACAAAUCAAAAUAUAUUUUAGAUUCUUCAAAUAGCCACCCUUUGCCUUGAUGACAGCUUUGCACACUCUUGGCAUUCUCUCAACCAGCUUCACCUGGAAUGCUUUUCCAACAGUCUUGAAGGAGUUCCCACAUAUGCUGAGCACUUGUUGGCUGCGUUUCUCACAAAGACACAGCGGUUUGAACCAAAAAUCUCCAAUUUGGACUCAUCAGACCAAAGGACACAUUUCCACCGGUCUAAUGUCCAUCACUCGUGUUUCUUGGCCCAAGUGUUUUGUUUCCUCUGACUGUUUCUGACAGACUCCUAUGCCUUUUUUAGAAUUGUGCAAACCUCGCUCGUUUUAUAACGACGUUCGUUUUCCAACAAUAGAUUGUUAUUCGUCAUCCUGUUUGUCUGACAGAUGAAGAACCUUUUAAACGUAAAUAGUAUUUGUUUUGAAAUUUGUUUUUGUGGUGCGUUAAACCAAUAAACAAUAAAGUCCAAAAAACUGAAGGGUGGUUCCUAAACACACACAAAAUGGACAGAAGUCCAGAAAUUAAUGUUAAUGUUUUUUUUUCUCCAUUCUUGCCUUUUUUGUCUCGUGUACUUUGGCAAGGUCUAGGCGUCAAAGGUCUAGGCGUCAAAGGUCUAGGCGUCGAAGGUCUAGGCGUCGAAGGUCUAGGCGUCGAGCUAAAGACCGUUACCUGUCCUGCUAAUCUUCCUCCAUUUUCCCAACAGGUGUACUUUGGCACGUCCCACCCGCGCUCCUACAUCUCAGCCAACGUGACGGGUAUUAAGUGUGUGACAGGAAUGUCGUGUCUGAUGAGGAAAGAUGUCCUGGACCAGGCUGGAGGGCUCAUAACCUUCGCUCAAUACAUCGCUGAGGACUACUUCAUGGCUAAGGCCAUCGCUGACAGGUACCCCACACAGUCAUAUCAAAUACAUGUUGCUGCUUACCUUAACCACCCUUUGCUCAAUGCAUCCUAGAGCCUUGGUGGCAGGUAGCUUAGUGGUUAAGAGCGAUGUGCCAGUAACCGAAAGGUCGCUGGUUCUAAUCCCCGAGCCGACUAGGUGAAAAAUCUGUCGCUGUGCCCUUGAGCAAGGCACUUAACCCUAAUUGCUCCUGUAAGUGGCUCUGGAUAAGAGCGUCUGCUAAAAUGACUAAAAUGUAAAUGCAUUUACAGCCUAGUUUAUGUUGUCACUUUUAAUUUUUUAUUUUAUAUAUAUUCUGAAUGUUGGUAUUGAAUUGAAUUAUAGGCAGAUUUUAGGACCUAGAUUAAGAUUCUCCAUUGGCCAUGCUUUUUAGUCCAGGACUAGGUCUAAUAUUUUCAUUGGAAACCAGCCCUAUUUGUUUUGCAUGUAAUUUAUAGUGGUUACAUCCAGUGGUUAGAACCAAAAAUGAUUUUCCAAUCGUUUCGUUCUGAACUAGAACCACCAUUUUUUUUUUCGUUCCGUUCCACUUUUCCGACCAGCAAAAUAAAGUUCUGAACCGGUUCCAACCCGCCAAAAAGUACAGGUUAAUAUAGUUUAUUUAUGUUGGUUUUUUUUGCAGAGCAGCAGCAGAAUUAAAUAAAAACAUGUCUUACCUUUUUGUAGUUAAUAAAUCCAAUGUGACAUGUGAUAACUAUGGUAUCCUUAACUAUCAUUGAAAAGGUUAAUCCAUUCUCUAAUAAAAAAAUCUCUCUCCCUCAUUUCUUAAUCACGCUUGUAAUGUCAGUAGGCUACUAGAGUAUGCUUUCCAGGGGUGAGGAGGGUUUUGGCAGAUCAUUUUUAUUUAUUUAAAAAGCAGAUAAAUAAAAUUGUAUCCAGCCAAAUUGUCAAGGAGAGGCUGUCUAUCUAUCAUAGCUUACACCCGGAAUUCACGCUUCAGCACAGAAUUCACGCUUCAGCACAGAAUUCACGCUUCAGCACAGAAUUCACGCUUCAGCACAGAAUUCACGCUUCAGCACAGAAUUCACGCUUCAGCACCAUUCUCUCCGCACGUGCGCCUGCUGCUGGGGAGAGAGAGCAGUCUUUGCCUAGGCUACUGUUGAUUUGCGAAGAUUGGUGACCUUUUUCAUUGAAGUUAGGGCUGACCCCAUUUAGUCGACUAAUCGAUUGUUUGGUCGAUAGGCUGUUGGUUGACCGAGAUUUCUUUUAGUCGAGCAGUAGCAAAAAUAAAUAAAUAAAAUGGUUUAGAAGAACCCUGUCUGAUUUGGCUCCUGAUCCAUGGGGAUGGGCCCAAAAUGGCUCCUGAUCCAUGGGGAUGGGCCCAAAAUGGCUCCUGAUCCAUGGGGAUGGGCCCAAAAUGGCUCCUGAUCCAUGGGGAUGGGCCCAAAUGGCUCCUGAUCCAUGGGGAUGGGCCCAAAAUGGCUCCUGAUCCAUGGGGAUGGGCCCAAAAUGGCUCCUGAUCCAUGGGGAUGGGCCCAAAAUGGCUCCUGAUCCAUGGGGAUGGCCCAAAAUGGCUCCUGAUCCAUGGGGAUGGGCCCAAAAUGGCUCCUGAUCCAUGGGGAUGGGCCCAAAAUGGCUCCUAUCCUGGGAUGGCCAUGGGAUGGGUGCCCAAAUGGCUCCUGAUCCAUGGGAUGGCCCAAAAUGGCUCCUGAUCCAUGGGGAUGGGCCCAAAAUGGCUCCUGAUCCAUGGGGAUGGGCCCAAAAUGGCUCCUGAUCCGUGGGGAUGGGCCCAAAAUGGCUCCUGAUCCAUGGGGAUGGGCCCAGUCCAUCAGUCUGAGAAUUGUGCUACUGAAAUUGUAUAUGGUUAUAUUACAUAAGAACAAUGGUGCAACACUAAUAAUAUUUUGUAACAAACGCGCUUUCUCCCGCGUUGGAUAGCGGUCGCUGUCCGCGGUUCUGAAACUAAGAAGAGUGAGGAGAGAGGAAACCCCAACUUAAUUAGGUCUAUAAUCAAUAGCCGAACUGUUAAACGUGCCCGGCUUUAGAAAUCAUCCAUAUCUACAGAAAUAAAACAGAUCCUGCUUCUGUUGCCUGUUUGAUUGUUUGUUUAAUAGCCUACUGAUCACCGAGCCUCAAGCAACCACAACAUGUCGGAUAAACACUUUCACAAAUUCGGCAGUUUUUAAUCUUUUAACAAUUAUUGUUUUAGGGAUUUGUUUCUUUUUUUAAAGGCAAUAAAGUUGUCUGUAAAGUUUCUGCGUAUGUUACACGUCGAAACACAAGUAAUGGUGUUUUUGUAAUUUGUUAUAGGCUGUUUAAGGACACGUAAAUGUGGCUCAUUUGGCUAAUAUCCCUUGUUUAUUGAUGGUGCUGGCAGCGCGAGGUCGGAUCUGAAUGCAUAUUGAUGUCCAGUAAAUUUAAAAUCUUCCAGGUCACGUUGUCCGGCGCCACAUUUUCAGAAAUCCUGGCAAACACACUUGUAAAGAUGUUCUGGCAGGGAGGCAGACACUGGAAUACGUUUCUGAGUGACAGAGUGAGGUCUUUUUGUGGAACCGGGGAAAAAAAUGCCCGGAAGGUGAAAGAACGUUAUUAACUGCUUUUAAAAGAAUGGUUCUGUUCCGGAACAGUAUAGAUCACUUUCAUUCACGGUUCUGAUUCUGUUCCUAAAAAAAAAAAAUAUAUAUAUAUAUUAGGGCUGUCAAAUGAUUAAAAUGUUUAAUCAAAUUAAUCAGAAUUUUCAGUGGAUUAAUCAUGAUUAAUCACUAUUUGCAAUUACACCUGAAUCCUAACCAUUUUUUUUUCUGAAAUGCAUACCAAAAGAUAAAUAACAGGACACAGAUACAUAAUUUUCAUAUUAUGUCUGUUUAUUAACACAGCCAAAUAAUGGUGUUUUAAAUCAAGCUGAAACAUACUACACACCAUAAUAUUUGUCUUUGUAAUGUUCCAUCACUUCCUCUUUGGCAUUCCUCUUAACCAGGAUGUACAAUUUACAGUAUUCAAUUGAACAGAAAGCAAUAAAUGUAGUCAAAUCAUAACAGUGACCUACCACAUUUUUGCACAAUUUGAGUCAUCUGUGGAAAAAAACAUUUUCAAUAAAACUUUUAAAUCAAACCAAAGAACAAUCUUUUACCUUUUCCUCCAUUCUUUAAUCCAGUUGCUCAAAAAUCCAGUUGCUAACUACUAUAACAUGUUGCACUGAAACUGGUCUUUUUGUUUGAACAUCACCUUUCAAAUCUACUGAGCUUCAUCAUCUUUCAGCCAGUUGCUGAGGCAAACUAACUUGUUCACAUUUUCUGAAAGUAAAGCUGACCUUUUCUUGUUCACAAUGUGACCUGCAACUGAGAAAAGUCGUUCACAGGGAACAGUGGUUGCAGGAGUGGCUAGAUAUCAAAUUAUCUGAGGUUGAUUUUGUUAAUUGCCUGCAAACAUUCAGCGUGGUCUGGCGCAAACCACUUGCUGAAUCUGACGGCCCAGCAAACGCAUGUUUGGCGUUGACAUGGUACUUCAAGCUUGAACAGCUCCGGUGAAAUUGAAACUCCUUCUUACAAAUCUUGCAAAUAACCUUGUACUUGUUAACUGUACCAUCAUCAUUCUUUUUAUAUUUGAAUCCGUCAAUAGGCCCACUUUGCUCACCUUGCUCCAUCUCGCCUCUAGCUCCCAACCACUUUCCUGACCUGAAUAAUUUGUCACACUGCGCAUGCGUGAAAUGCGUUAAAAAAAUUGACGUAAUUAACAGCAAACAACUAAUUAACGUCGUUAACGCGCUAUUUUUGACAGCCCUAAUAUAUAUAUAUUUCUGCUUUCCAAUUCUUUACCCUGAACCCGGGUCCAACCCCUGUUUACAUCUUUGCCUUAUAGUCCCUUGCUACUUUGACCUGUUUUAUUGUUGAUGUUUAUUGUGCCACAAAACAUCAAUGAUUGAUAUGGUCGUGUUAUGGUUUAUUGACGCCAUUGGCCAGGUCUUAACUCCAGGUCUUAAAGGGGAAGUUCGGUAUUUUACAACUUGAUGUUCGAUAGUUCCUCAACCUGAAAGUAGUCUAUGGGCCAGGAGGAUCUGUAAUAUGUGGGUUGUUUUUUCUUUAAGCUGCCACUACAAAGGUUCCGCUAACUUUAGCCACCGCUCGCUAACAAUCAACGGGAGUGAUUGAGGCUGAACUUCCCUUUUAAUGUUUCCUUUGUCCCUCCUCCUUAUCUUGCAGAGGAUGGAAAUUCUCCAUGGCAACGCAGGUAGCCAUGCAGAACUCCGGGUCCUAUUCAAUUGCUCAGUUCCAGUCCCGCAUGAUCAGGUAAACAAACUAUCAGGGCUUAAACUUUUCACACUCACCCAUUGUUAUAGAGCAGAUUCCUGGAGGGUCACAGACGACACAUUAAAGGUCACAGACGACACAUUAAAGGUCACAGACGACACAUUAAAGGUCACAGACGACACAUUAAAGGUCACAGACGACACAUUAAAGGUCACAGACGACACAUUAAAGGUCACAGACGACACAUUAAGGUCACAGACGACACAUUAAGGUCACAGACGACACAUUAAGGUCACAGACACACAACUCUCCUCUACUUUACUGCUAUGUGGACACUCAAAAUGGCCACCAUUCACACAACUCUCCAGGAAUUGAGUUUGACACCAUUGUCCUAGAUGAUUUACAUGGGCCAUUAUUUCUAAAGGUUAAUUUAGCCGUUUCAGUCUCCCGACAGUCCACCGACUAGCCUGCCACAUUGGGAUUCAGAUUGCUUCAGAUCUACCAAACCCACUCUGAUCAAUGUAACGAAUAAAAACAGUUUGAUCAAAUAGAUAUUUAACUUGUGUAAAGUGGGAUGUUAAGACAUUAUACUGUGUCUAUAGAUAGUCUAAGGAGUGUCGCAUCCAUAGAAACAUAAUAUUAUUACUUCCUGUUUUACAGCUAUGUGGACAUUCAAAAUGGCCACCAUUCCACCCAUUUAUAACACCAUUUACCUGAAUGUGGGACGUCUGUUCAUUCUAAUUCUGUGGUCUCAUCCUCCCUCUCAGGUGGGCCAAGCUUCGAAUCAACAUGCUCCCCGCCACCAUCUGUGAGCCCAUCUCUGAGUGUUUCGUAGCCAGCCUGAUCAUUGGCUGGGCAGCGCAUCACGUGUUCCGCUGGGAUAUAAUGGUCUUCUUCAUGUGCCACUGUCUGGCCUGGUUCAUCUCUGACUACAUCCAGCUCCGAGGGGUCCAGGUACAGGCACGCACUCACACACUGUCUGGCUUAUUGCAGACCCCUGGUGUAUGUAGUCACCUUGCAAUUCUGUUGCAAAACGUUUAGUCUAAACAGUUUACUCCAAACUGAAAUUUGGGGGGGGGGGGUUAUUGUGUGUAGAUUGAUGAGGAGAAAAACAAUUUAAUCCAUUUUAGAAUAAGGCUGUAAUGUAACAAUGUGGAAAAGUCAAGGGGUCUGAAUAGUUUCCGACUGCGCUGUACAGCAAAUUGAUCUGCAUGUCAUUGUGUCAGUAAGGGGAAAACACUGCAUGAAACCUUCUUUACUUGCUUAUCCAAUUCACCUCCCUCACACCUCUCUCUGUCUUCCACACACUCCCUCACACACACCCUCCCUCACACACUCUCCCUCACACUCUCUCUGUCUUCCACACUCUCCCUCACACUCUCUCUGUCUUCCACACUCUCCCUCACACACACUCUCCCUCACACACACACUCUCCCUCACACUCUCUCUGUCUUCCACACCCCCCCGUCCUCACAGCACCACUCUCACCUCCCGCUAUGCACCUCUCCUCCUCCACACCUCUCCUCACACUCUCUCUGUCUUCCACUUCCCCUCACACUCUCUCCGUCUUCCACACUGUCCCUCACACACCUCCCUCACAACACACAAUUCCCUCCACAUCUCCUGUUCCACACCUCCCUCCCUCACACAGCCUCCCUCCCUACACCCAUCUCUGCUCCUCAUCACACCUCUGUCUUCCACACCCUCCCUCCUACACUUCUCCUCUUCCACACCUCCCUCCACACACUCUCUCUGUCUUCCACCUCCCCUCACCACUCCCCCUCACACACCUCCUCCUCUGUCUUCCACACCCUCCCUCCCUCACACUCUCUCUGUCUUCCACACCCUCCCUCUUCACACACUCGCUCUGUCUCCCUCACUCUCAUAAACACAUACCCACUGUUCCCAACUUUAAAAACAUUAGGCACCAAACAGAAUGUAAGGAGCACCAGAAAGAGAGAGAUGUUUAAUAUAAUUUAGUCUUCCAUGAGGUCUGUAUGAAUCCUACCAUCUCAUGAGUAGCAGAACCUUUUCCUUUCUUCCUGGGCCAAUCAGAUUUCACCUACUGUCAAGUUAGCAUGUUCUCUGGUGUUAAUAAUAUGUCUGGUGUUAAUAAUAUGUCUGAUAUUUAUGUCUGGGAAGUAAAACUGAUAACCACUGCUUGUUACUCUGAGAGACAGAAAAGUUCAGAAUAAAUCAGCUAGAAGAAACAAACACAACGUGUUUUUCCCUUCUGUCCCUUCUCCCCCUACAGGGCGGUGCUCCGUCCUUCUCCAAACUGGACUACGCUGUAGCCUGGUUCAUCAGAGAGUCCAUGACCAUCCAGAUCUUCCUGUCGGCGCUGUGGGACCCCACCAUCAGCUGGAGAACGGGGCGCUACAGGUUACGAUGUGGAGGGACGGCCGAGGAGAUCCUGGACGUAUAGCUGCCUGCCUGAGUCCUAUCACCUCCAGGGACCAGAGACAAUACCAGACACAGACUGAUGAGCAUCCCAAAUGGCACCCUAUUCCCUAGAUAGUCAACUACUUUUGACCAGGGCCCACACUUGCCCAUACUUUUUGCUCUGGUUAAAGGUAGUGAACUAUAGAGGGAAUAGGGUACCAUUUGGGAUGCGACCAGAGAGAGAUGGCAACAUUGAGUGGAUGGAAGGAAACAACCCGCUAUGGGCGUGAUGGAUGGAAGGAAACAACCCGCUAUGGGUGUGAUGGAUGGAAGGAAACAACCCGCUAUGGGCGUGAUGGAAGGAAGGAAACAACCCGCUAUGGGCGUGAUGGAUAGAAGGAAACAACCCGCUAUGGGCGUCAUGGAUAGAAGGAAACAACCCGCUAUGGGCGUGAUGGAUGGAAUGAAACAACCCGCUAUGGGCGUGAUGGAUGGAAGGAAGGAAACAACCCGCUAUGGGCGUGAUGGAAGGAAGGAAACAACCCGCUAUGGGCGUGAUGGAAGGAAGGAAACAACCCGCUAUGGGCGUGAUGGAAGGAAGGAAACAACCCGCUAUGGGCGUGAUGGAUGGAAAACUUCAUAUGGAAUUCAUAUUUUCUUUUUAAGAUAAAGAAUUGUCCAGUGUUUGAUCGUUUUUUUAACCAGUUUGUUGAGAUAUUAGAUGAUUUAUUAUUAGGGGGCUCGUUUUCCUCUUGACCAUCCACAUGGUGAGAGACGGCCUACCUCCCAAAUGGCACCCUAUUCCUCAAUUAAUAGUGUUUUAAUGUGAGAACUAAAGCUCCAAACCUACGGAUUCUCUUUGGUCCAUUUUGGGUUUACUGGUCAGGUUUUCAAAGCGCCAUGGUCUUCUGCUGUGAGAUUGCUGGCUAUUUUUAACAGACUGAAUGCGUCGCAAAUUGGCACCCUAUUCCCUAUAUAUAGUGUACUGCUUUUGACCAAAGCCCAUAGGGGUGUCAUUUGAGAUGCAGAGGGUAUUCAACUCUUUACCCUACGAGGUCCGGAGCCCGGCUGGUUUUCUGUUCUACCUGAUAAUGAGUUGCACCCACCUGGUGUCUCAGGUCUAAAUGUGGAACGUGAUUGUCCAAACUGUCCGUGUGUUUCAAUUUUCUGCCCCCCCCCCCCCCCCCCCCCCCCCUUUUCAUUUCAUUAGUGUCACAUUGUGUAGUGUGGGAGGUCUUUAGGUCUGACCCAAAUGGUUCCGUAUCCGGCAGGUAGCUUAGUGGUUAAGAGCGUCGUGCCAGUAACCGAAAGGUCGCUGGUUCUAAUCCCCGAGCCGACUAGGUGAAAAAUCUGUCGAUGUGCCCUUAAGCAAGGCACUUAACCCUAAUUGCUCCUGUAAAUCGCUCUGGAUAAGAGCGUCUGCUAAAAUGACUUAAAUGUAAAUAUCUCCCCCGUAUAGAGGACUACCUUUCAGACUCUGGGGCUGGGGAGACUGAUAUGUUCCCAUGGCAACCUUAAUCUUGAAGUAGUUACAAUUAUUUAAUUGCAUGGGUAACCUCAUCAUAUUCAUUGGAUUAUUUUCUAAUCUAUUUGUAUUAGAUUAGUCGUUUUAAAGCACAAUCACGCUAUUGGAGUGAUGAAACGUGUUGAUGCCAAAUGCUGGCAGAUUGAUUCUCCUACUGAUCAUGUUUAAAACGCUGGACUCCAUGCUGACUACCAGAGAACAGUAGGUUUCAACUGUUAUGGGAGAUGGGUAGAUACUUCCCAAUCGUCACAGGACAUGUUGCUUCCAACUUGUAAACUGACUUUCUCCCAAACUAUACUUCUGAAUUUGAACAAAGAAAUUAAGGCAUUACAAAUGUGAAUCUCCAUCUGAUUCUAGUAUUAUAAUUUCUACCAGAGCAGUUAGAAAUAGAAAACCCUUAUUCCCCCUCUGUCUCCCACCUCCUCUCUCCCUCUCCCACCCCCUCUCUCCCACCCCCCUCUCGUCCUCUCCCCCCCCCCCUUUCCCCCCCCCCCUUCUCCCUCUCCCACCCCACCCCCUCUCUCCCCUCUUCCCACCCCCUCUCUUCCCUCCUCCCACACCCCCUUCUCCCUCUUCCACUCUCCCUCCUGCCCACCGCAUCUCUCCCCCCUCUCCCCCCCUCUCUCCCUCCUCCCCCCCCCCCUCUCUCCAUCCUCCCCCCCCUCUUCUCCCUCUCCCCCCCAGCCCCUCUCUUCCCUCUCCACCGCCCCUACCCUGCUCUCCCUUCUCUCCACUCUGCGCCCGACCCCCUCUCCGCCUUCGCCCCCCCUCUCUUCCCUCUCCCCACCCCCCUCCCCUCUCCCCCCCUCCCGCCUCCCUCUCCCCCCCCUCUCUCCCUCCCCCUCUCCCCCACCCCCCCCUCUCUCCCUCGUCUCCCUCUCCCCCCUCCUCCCUUCCACCCCCCCUCUCUCCCCUCUCCACCCCUCCUCCCUCUCCCCCCCCUCCCUCCUCUCCCCCCCUCUCUCCCUCUCGGCCCCCCCUCUCAUCCUCUCCCUCCCCCCCGUCCUCUCUUCCCUCUCCCACCCCCCUCUCACCUCUCUCACCGCUCCCACCCCUCGUCCUCCCCUCCCCCUCUCCCCCCCCUCUCUCUCCCUCUCCCCCCCCCCCCCUCACCCCCACACCCUCUCCCCCCCCCCUCCUCCCAUGUCCCCCUCUCUCCUCAGUCUCCCACCCGCCUCUCCCCACCCCUCUGUCUCCCCCCCUCUCCCUCGUCUCUCCUAGCCGGGUCCAUAUCUGUUUUGACUGUCUUGCAAUGAGCAUGUAGCUACUGGGUUUCCUGCUCAGCUGAAGAGAUGAAGGAUAGAUUGGUGAUGGGGUUCUGUUUACUUCUGUCAGUCACGGUAGGAAAAUGAGGAAAACUUAUUUUCAAAUCUGCUGUUGAUGCACACAAAUAAAUAUUGAUAUGGCUGAUAUUGGUUACGUCCCAAAUGGCACCCUAUUCCCUAUAUAGUGCACUACUUUAGACCAGAGAAUGGCACCCUAUUCCCUAUAUAGUGCACUACUUUUGACCAGAGCCUUAUGGGGCGUUGAAAGUAGUGCACGAUGUAGGGAAUAGGGUGCCAUUUGGGAUGCAGUAAUAGGUUUUUAGUGACAAAGAGAGGAAGCAAAAGUAACAGCAAUAAAUGAAUACAGCUUCCUGAACGAGACUUUGCUGUAUUCCACUAAAACAGGAUAGAUAUGAUAAAUAUACGAUAUCCUGUAUUGAAACAUUUCAGAUUUGUUAUCGGAAGACGAGACUGAAUAAAAAAAAAAGAACAUUUCACCUUUCAGAGCAAUGUGGUGGUGUUAGAAACAAUUACUGACUGUAAUAAUGCAUGUAAAUAUAAGUAGACUAUUUGCGUUAAGGUUGGCAGUUAGAGCUGAUCAUAUACCACCGUAGAUGACAUAGUAGCCAGGGUUGGGUCAAUUCCAUUUAAAUUCUAGUCAAUUCAGAAAGUUAACCCAAUUACAAUUCCAAGUUGAGCUCAUUUAAAAAGCGUUUGAAUGGAUUGGAAUUGAGAUUUCAGUGUACUUCCUGAAUUGAAAUGGAAUUGGCCCCAACCCUGACAGUAGCACACUGUGGAGAGUCGAACUUUGAUUUAGGGGGGACAGUUUUAUAAUCUGGCAGCCAUCUUGCUGCUGCUUGGAUGUGACGAUCAGAGCUGUAGUCAGAUUGCUGGUGUCUCCUCUUUUCAACUGUUCUCAUCAUAAAGCAUCUUCUGUUCACCUCACUGAUGGACGAGUCUCCAACGCCCUGUUUUAGACUGCUUCAUGAUGUACUGGAUCUGUGAAUGAGCGUGUGAAUGAUGUACUGGAUCUGUGAAUGAGCGUGUGAAUGAUGUACUGGAUCUGUGAAUGAGCGUGUGAAUGAUGUACUGGAUCUGUGAAUGAGCGUGUGAAUGUGAGCGUGAGAGAGACUGCCUUGCCGUUCUAGAGGACCAAAAGUAUCAGUGUCUCUGGCUGUGUCCAAAAAUGGCACCCUAUUCCCUAAUAUAGUGCACUAUUUUUGACCAAGGGGCAGCCUAUAGCGUCAUGUCCAGGGGUUGUACUUCAGAAACAGGAGAUGGAGUCAUUCUGGCUUGGACAUGGCUGCUCUGGUCAAAAGUAGUGCAAUAUAUGUAAAUAUAUAGGGAAUAUGGUUCCAUUCUAUCUGUAACAUAAAAGGCCUCACUCAGUCUGACAGAAGAACAGGAUCUACUGGGGAUCCAUUCUGUCUUGUCUAUUUAAAUUGUAUAGAUGCUAGAUUCUUUUUAAACAUGUUAUGUAUAUUUAUAACGUUGUUUGUAGAUACCAUUACAAGCUUCUCGCUCUUCUCUCUCUCUCUCUCUGUCUGUAUAUUUAUGAAGUUUGAUUGAUACCAUUACAAGCACUGCUUUAUGACGCCUAAUUUAUUUAAAGUUUGAUGAUGAUUUAGUAGGUAUUUAAUCUAUAAGCAGUGGGAAAACAAAGGCUGGACAAACUUCUGUUUAAAAAAAACAAAAACGAUUUGUUUUGAUAUGAUUUGUAUUGUAUUAUGAAGCGGAAUGAUCACAGCUGGAAACUGUGCCAUAGCAGGAGAAAUUAAAGCUUUAUCAAACCAUACCAAGGUGUACAGUCUUCAUUGAAUACUAAUUGUGUUAAUACAAGUAUUAUAUACAUGUAACUGCCAACAUAAAGGAAACACUUGAGUAAAUGAGGGGUACAAAGUAAUUGAAAGCAGGUGCUUCCACACAGGUGUGGUUAACUUGAGUUCUAAGCCCUAUGAGCACCUCUCUAACAUGGCUGGCCAGCGUGCACGCCACGUGUGGUUCUGUGUUCCGAGAUUAUAUGAGCGCCUACAGAUAACUGCCAAAAUAAAGGAAACACCAACAUAGUGUCUUUUAAUAGGGGUUGGGCGACCGCGAGCCGCCAGUAUGCCAUGGCAUAUCCUGAAACAUCAGCAAGUUCAGCAGUCUUCGUCACUGAAGCUCCUGCAGAAACAUGGCCCCAACAAUCACCCACUCCCCAUUGGGACAGACCUGCUCCGCAGACUGGGACAGACCUGCUCCGCAGACUGGGACAGACCUGCUCCGCAGACUGGGACAGACCUGCUCCGCAGACUGGGACAGACCUGCUCCGCAGACUGGGACAGACCUGCUCCGCAGACUGGGACAGACCUGCUCCGCAGACUGGGACAGACCUGCUCCGCAGACUGGGACAGACCUGCUCCGCAGACUGGGACAGACCUGCUCCGCAGACUGGGACAGACCUGCUCCACAGACUGGGAAUGA